CUGGACUAAUACUGAAUAGCAACGCAGAGCAGCAGUCACACCUGAUACAGACAGCACCCGCUGACCCUGCGUCCACGCUACCGUGGGCCUGCAGGCCUGCGCCAUUCCCGGUGCUCCUCUGGAAUUGGAAAGAGCAGGUCUUGUGACUGGCGCCCAGCACCCAGGUCUCUGGCGGGCCUCAGGUGUGGUUGAUAUUACGAAGGCAAAGUAAAUGAGGGCCAGGUUGAGAGUGUGGUCAUGUUUCUCCACUGUAGCUGGGUGAUCAGGGAGGACCUCCCUGAGGAGGUGACGUGUGGGCAGGGACUAGAGUGCCGUGAGAGAGCCAUGGGAGUAUCUGGGGGAAGACAUGUUAGACCCGGGAGGAAGCUUCUCUGAUUCCCGCCUUAAGCGGUGAGAACUGAAGCCUGGAGAGCCUCUGCAGCUUGUGCUGGGUCCCCCAGCCAGGAAGUGUUGGGGACAGGCUAUGAAUCUGGGCCUCCAGAGAUUCCCGCAGCACAGCUCAGUAGCCCCUGGUGAGUGUGACUUCUGAUCCCACCCAUGGGCUCACCCCUAAGACUUAGUGCAGGAGCAGGCGCCCUGGCGUUUGUUGUUUUUUGAGGUGUGUUCCAGGGUAUCUUCCUAGAAGGAGCACAGCCCCUCAGAACAAAUCUCUAGGGUCCCCAGAAACCCCCUGGGAUGGGUUGGGAUGGAAAGGAGUGUCUUUCAGACUUGAGCUCCAAGCCCCUGGAGGACCCAGGGACACCCCUCCCCGGGCCUCUCUUCAGCUUCCCAGAGCUCUCCGCGGAAGGCCCUCAACCACAGGCCUCCGGGCCGCACGGUGGGGUGGUUCCAUGGCAGGCUCUUCUGGAUAGCCAGCCAAGCAGCGAGAGGCCCAACUGGGGGAGACAGCCUGGGAGCAGGACCAGGAGGGAGGGAGCGAGUGUGGGAGGGGUGCUGGGUGGGAGCUCAGCCUGGCCCCCUUGGGGCAAGACCCACUGCCAACUCGGCACCCACAGCAGGGCCCGGGUGCUCUGAGUGUGCCGAGUAAGGCACGGCAAGCCAGGCCGGCCAAGAGGAGACUGCAUGUCAGAGGUCCCCGCAGGAGUUUCUUCAGCCCAGCCGUCCUGCCGGAGAAGCUCGUUCGCAGAUGUUGUUUCUAAGGCCUGCCCACGGCUUCAACCUGCCUCCAGUCCCACCUGCUCCAAGCAGACAGAUGGGGCGACUAUGGGGAGUGUGGGGAGCGUGUUUAAAAGAAAAAAGAAAAAAAAGUCUCUCUUCUUUUUUUGAGGACUGCGUCACGAACACCUCAGAUGAGGCGCCACCCUCAGUAGGAGGACAGGGAACGAUCCAGGCGGGACGCAGGGGAUCUUCAACUCCUCCGCCUGCUCUCCCUCCAGCUGUGCUGAUUCCUUAGUUGCUGAGAUGAGAUUGUAAAAAGCAACUCUGUUGAUCCCAGCAGCGGCCAGGGCCUCCACUGCUUCUCGGCUGGGAGACCCAAGACUGUGCCCUGUCCACGGCGCCUCCUGCAUGUCCUGCUGCCCUGAGCUGUCCCGAGCUAGGUGACAGCGUGCCACGCUGCCACCAUGAACGAGGUGUCUGUCAUCAAAGAAGGCUGGCUCCACAAGCGCGGUGAAUACAUCAAGACCUGGAGGCCACGGUACUUCCUGCUGAAGAGCGACGGCUCCUUCAUUGGGUACAAGGAGAGGCCCGAGGCCCCUGAUCAGACCCUUCCCCCCUUAAACAACUUCUCUGUAGCAGAAUGCCAGCUGAUGAAGACCGAGAGGCCGCGGCCCAACACCUUCGUCAUACGCUGCCUGCAGUGGACCACAGUCAUCGAGAGGACCUUCCACGUGGAUUCUCCAGACGAGAGGGAGGAAUGGAUGCGGGCCAUCCAGAUGGUUGCCAACAGCCUCAAGCAGCGGGCCCCAGGUGAGGACCCCAUGGACUACAAGUGUGGCUCCCCCAGUGACUCCUCCGCGGCCGAGGAGAUGGAAGUGGCGGUCAGCAAGGCACGGGCUAAAGUGACCAUGAAUGAUUUCGACUAUCUCAAACUCCUUGGCAAGGGAACCUUUGGCAAAGUCAUCCUGGUGCGGGAGAAGGCCACUGGCCGCUACUACGCCAUGAAGAUCCUGCGGAAGGAAGUCAUCAUUGCCAAGGAUGAAGUCGCUCACACAGUCACCGAGAGCCGGGUCCUCCAGAACACCAGGCACCCGUUCCUCACUGCGCUGAAGUACGCCUUCCAGACCCACGACCGCCUGUGCUUCGUGAUGGAGUACGCCAACGGUGGCGAGCUGUUCUUCCACCUGUCCCGGGAGCGUGUCUUCACAGAGGAGCGGGCCCGGUUUUAUGGUGCAGAGAUCGUCUCGGCUCUUGAGUACUUGCACUCGCGGGACGUGGUGUACCGCGACAUCAAGCUGGAAAACCUCAUGCUGGACAAAGACGGCCACAUCAAGAUCACUGACUUUGGCCUCUGCAAAGAAGGCAUCAGUGACGGGGCUACCAUGAAAACCUUCUGUGGGACCCCGGAGUACCUGGCGCCUGAGGUGCUGGAGGACAAUGACUAUGGCCGGGCCGUGGACUGGUGGGGGCUGGGUGUGGUCAUGUACGAGAUGAUGUGCGGCCGCCUGCCUUUCUACAACCAGGACCACGAGCGCCUCUUCGAGCUCAUCCUCAUGGAAGAGAUCCGCUUCCCGCGCACGCUCAGCCCCGAGGCCAAGUCCCUGCUUGCCGGGCUGCUUAAGAAGGACCCCAAGCAGAGGCUUGGUGGGGGGCCCAGCGAUGCCAAGGAGGUCAUGGAGCACAGGUUCUUCCUCAGCAUCAACUGGCAGGACGUGGUCCAGAAGAAGCUCCUGCCACCCUUCAAACCUCAGGUCACGUCCGAGGUCGACACAAGGUACUUUGAUGAUGAAUUCACCGCCCAGUCCAUCACAAUCACACCCCCCGACCGCUAUGACAGCCUGGGCUUACUGGAGCUGGACCAGCGGACCCACUUCCCCCAGUUCUCCUACUCGGCCAGCAUCCGCGAGUGAGCAGUCCGCCCACGCAGAGGACGCACGCACGCACGCAGCCAUCACCGCCGGGUGGUUUUUCCCCUAACUUUUUACUUUGCCUUUUUGGUUUGUGUCCCCACCCCCACCCCCACCUCCUCACCCCCUUUCCAGUUCUUCUUCAGGCCCCUCCCAGACGCACCCCAGCAGCCCCUGCAGCCCCUGCCUCCAGCCUCACCUUUGUGCCCAGACUCGCUUUUGGGAUACUCCACCUCUCGCCCAGGCCUGGGCUGUUGGAGAGAUUCAGGUUUUAAUCUACACAAGCCCCAGUGAGGGGUGAAGCCUGACGCCCGGGGCCUGCCUGAGUUUCUGGCCCGGGUGUCGUGCUGGUGGCUGCCUCCGCGCUGCUGCUUCCGGACGAAGGCUGCCUUCUGGUGGGACGCGACACCCGGCAGACAGUGGUGCUGCCUUCCAGGCCCCGUGGCCUAGGCUAGGAGUGGCCAGGCACGGGGCGGUCCAACCCCCCACCUGCUGUCCCCCCAUGGGGGCAGAAAAGCAAUAAUGUCCAGGGGCAGGCAGGGGCCCUUGGGAGCUGCAGGGUUGGGGGUUAGGGCUGCUCCCUGGUGAAUGGAGCCAGGUCCCAGGAUCUGCGCCAUGGGGAACCGGGAGGGGCCGGGCUGGGCGCCGCCUCCUGGUCCUGUCUCCUCUCCACCAAGCUGCCCUCACCCUAUGGAUUGAGGCAGGAGGAACAUUUGGGGGCAAACCUGCCUGCCUCCCAGCCCCGUGCCUUACUAGGGCUUCCUUCCAGCUGGCCUUACCUCCUGCUGGACCCCAGGCCUGGCCUAACCCCAUUGGGGGCUGUGGGCUGGGCUCACCCCCUUCUCGGCGGGGGUGGAGGGGCACCAGUCUCGGCUGUUACAAUCUUACACCGGACAGUAUUGGGCCGCAUGGACUUGGUCAGGGAGGGGUGGGGGUGGGCAUCUCCGGUAGCUAUUGGGGUGGGGGGCCUCUGAGAAGGGAGACUCCUAGGCCCCCUCAUCCCUCCCUCUCCCCAGGGCCCCAUGUUCUGCAGCCUUAAGGUUGAACGUGAACGCACGUCCAUGUCAGUGCUGUGGGACUCCUGUGCGUGCCUCGGACUGCGUGUGUCGGCGGGAUGCAGGCACAUGUGGGUGUGUGUGCAUGUGUGUUGUGUGUGAGGGCAGCGUGUCCUCCAGUGUGCGUGGUGUGUGGGCUUGGGCCCCAUCCCUGGCCCGAGCAUUUCAUCCUGUGGGGGAGGGGUGCUGACCUAGUGGGAGGAGCCCCGCCUUGAUCCAUGAGCUGCCCUGCCCACGCCUCCCCUCCCUGCAGCAACACCUCUGGGUGUUUGGAGUUCAGCUUUUGUGGGUUUGCUCUCCCUACCCCAUCUCCUGUACGAUGCAGUUCAUGGCAGGGUGGGGAGGGUGGGGUUGGUUCGGGUGGGUGAGGGUCUUUUUCCUCUGUGUGCGAUGUCGUUAUCUGACAGUUCUCCUCCGUCCCUACUGGCCUUUCUCCUCGUCUUCAUAUUUGUACGGUACAAGCAAUAAAGACACUCAUUUCAGACCAGGGCCCAGCCUGCACUCACGCCGGCCCAGCCACUCUGGGCCUUGCCUUGGUGAUGGAGUCGGACCCCUGGGCCCCAGCUCCUCCUGUAGUAGUCGCUCCCUUCAGCAAGCAGGGCGCUGAGCAGGGGCGUGGAGGUGAGAAGGAGCUCAGGGCCAGGGCAGCUGGGGUGUGUGCAGGAGCUCAGGCUGGAGAGGGUGGGUGCAGCUGGUGCUGUGGGGCUGAGGGGUGUGGGGAGGCUCCACGCUUGUGGGGCUGUGGUGGACAGAGACCUCUCCAGGCCCUCAGUGCUGCUGAAGCUAAGAGAGGUGGGGUGGAGGGACAGGGCUGGAAGAUCUGGGUAGUCCAAAAUGAGGAGGGUGCCUGUGCUGUCACGGAGUGAGGGAGUGGUUCAUUCCGCAGGGCUGCCGAGCCUUAGAGGGGGGCAUUCCUGUCCUGCCCCACCUCCCCAUUUAUGCUGCCACCCGGAAGCCUCGAGGCCCCCAAAUUCCAGUACAGACCCAGUGGUGUGUUCAUGGUGGUGUGGCUGCUGUCUCCUGGGAGCUCCUGAGCGUUUGGUUGGAACCCCGUUCAGCUUGGGGUCAGCCCUCCGCUAGGCGCUGCCCUUUAGCCUGACUGUGUCUGGGCCCCUGCACUUCCCAUGCUUGAGUCACGUGGCCACAUGGCCGGGCACUGGCCGGAUGGCACGCCUCCCCCAGCCAGGGACCAGGGACCAGAGCUUUGGCCUGCCCUGCUGAGCCCUGCUGUGCAGAGGGCCUGGCACAGAUGAAUUUGAGAUUUUGCCACAAGGUGUUAGCACUUCACACCCGUUGAGUCUUUGAGAUUUUAAGUGAAUAUAAGCAGAAAAAGAUCCAAUUUACAGAAAUCAGAGUUAGUUACAGCUAAGACUCGUGUUCGGUUGGGGUUUUUUAGUUUGUCUUUCUAAAGUCCUGUGUACCUUAAUUACAAAAGUCUACCCUGGUGGUCAUAAGCAGGCAGGCCUAUAAAGAGAGGCCUUUUACUCUUCCUUCUCGUCCCAGCCCCGAAUUGACCCACGUUGCUGCUGCUCACACCACGGUGACGCAAGUCUGGUGUGGGCACAGGCCUGGCUACCUCAUCUUGUUAGUGGCUCUCUCCUCUUCCACAGGAUGGGGGCCCACAGCUGCAGCAACCGGCCCCAUAGUUGAGCACAUGUGGUUAUCCUAUAGAGCUUUUCCCAAGGAGGGUGUUUGAACUUAGAGUCUUAAUAAAAUCUUACCAAAUAAAUUUUGAGUAGAAUAAUCGUCUUUUGCAAUGUACAUUUUAAAAAUUUCACAAGUUCUUUUUUGUAUAUAAAGAACAGUAGACUGGGCACAGUGGUUCACGCCUGUAAUCCCAACACUUUCAGAGGCCGAGGCGGGCGGCUCUCUUGAGCCCAGGGGUUUGAGACCAGCCUGGGCAACAUGGGGAGACCUUCAUCUCUACAAAAAAUACAAAAAUUAGCUGGGCAUGGUGGUGCAUGCCUGUCAUCCCAGCUGACUUGGAAGGCUGAGGUGGGAAGAUCACUUGAGCCCAGGAGUUUGAGGCUGCAGUGAGCUGUGAUUGCGACACUGCACUGCAGCCUGGGACAGUGAGACCGUGUCUCUAGAAAAAAAAAAAACAUGAUACAUGCCAUUUAAAAAGACAGCAAAGCAGGAGUAUAAGAAAGUAAAUUCACCCAAGGUCUCAGGACCUUGAGUACUCACUUUGGUGCUGAUUACCUCUGUGCAAAUGGACACAGCAUAAUAAAUUGGUAGUUUCCUGCUGUUUUUGCAUCAUCAUUUCCAGUUAAUGUGAAGCCUCUGGGGGCUGCCCUGUGUGCAUUGAUGACUGUGUUGAGUCAGGGGUAGCAGUGAGAUUCCCUUUUAGCUGCUGCAUUUGGGGAACUCAGACUUUCCAGCUGCUUCCUCAGGGUAGACUCCUCAGCCGGUUCAGCCGCCCUGUUAAAAGGAAUUGACUUGGUUUCAUUUGGUGCUACCAGCAGUCCUGUAAUAAACUUUAGCUAUCUGUC